UGAGGUUAUGUUCGCUUGUUGACAUGUUUACAGAAAUGACAGUGGUUAGGUUACAGAAACUAAAAAUGCAUGUUUUAAUUGUUAAUUGUGAUUGAAUUCUGUUCAAGUUUGAGUAAAUAAGAGUUUUAAUAGUUUAAAUUAUGUUAUAGGUUUCUGUUAAGAUGAAAACCUUUAGUGAUUUGGAAUUAAAACCAUGGAUUAUCAGACAACUGUCAGGCAUAGGUCUGAAACAUCCAACACCUAUUCAAGAAAACUGUAUUCCAAAAAUAAUAGAAGGAAGAGAUUGUAUUGGAGCAGCUAAGACCGGUAGUGGAAAAACUCUAGUCUUUGCAUUGCCGAUUCUCCACAAGCUAUGCGAAGACCCAUAUGGAAUUUUCGCUCUGGUUUUGACUCCAACCAGAGAGCUUGCAUUUCAGAUAGGCGAUUCGUUUGCUGUGAUUGGUCGAGCGAUCAACCUGAGGCAAAGCAUAAUAGUCGGUGGCAUGGACAUGGUCGCUCAGGGCUCCGAAUUGGCAAAAAAGCCUCAUGUUGUUAUCGCUACACCUGGCAGGUUAGCUGAUCACCUGGAAAGUUGCAACACAUUCUCCCUGCAACAGAUCAAGUUCCUAGUUCUGGACGAAGCUGAUAGAUUACUGGGCGGGGCAUUCGAUGGUCAGAUCAAGACUAUAUUCUCGGCGUUGCCACACAACAAGCAGACUCUGCUUUUCAGUGCCACUAUCACUGACACACUUGAGAAAGUGAAACAAGUCGCUAAGAAUGAGGUAUUCAUGUGGGAACAAAAGGAUGACAUAAUCACAGUUGAAGAAUUGGACCAAUUCUAUGUGCUGUGCUCAACGGCAGUCAAAGAUGGCUACCUUGUUGAAGCCAUCAGAACUUUCAAGAAAACUUGUGAAAAAGGAUCCAUUAUUAUUUUCACGGAUACAUGCAAGAAUUGCCAACUGCUAUCAAUAGCUCUGAACGAAGUCGGAUUCGAAAAUGUCGCCUUGCACGCAAUGAUUCCACAAAAAGUUAGGCUGGCCGCCCUGGCUAAGUUCAAGACAAAUUUGGUUAAAAUACUAAUAGCAACCGAUGUUGCCAGUAGAGGUUUAGACAUUCCGGCCGUUGAGUUGGUAGUGAACCACAACAUCCCGAGCAUACCGAAGGACUACGUGCAUCGGGUUGGCAGAACUGCUAGGGCGGGAAGAGGGGGCACCGCCAUUUCACUAGUGACUCCGCACGACAUACAUCUGGUGCAUGCCAUCGAAGCCAACAUUAACACUAAGCUCAAGGAGUAUCAGAUUGAUGGUCGAGAAGUGGCGAAGAUUUUCACUCAGGUCUCAGUUUCCAAAAGAGAGGCUGAAAUAAAGCUUGAUGAUUCAGACUUCAAUGAGAAGAAAAAGCUGUACAAAAGGAAAAAGAUGAUUCUUGAAGGUAAGGAUCCUGAUGAAGAGGAACAAAAGCUUGAAGAGAAAAGGAAACAAUUUCGAAAGGAACAGAGAAAGAAACUAAGGAAAAGGAUGAAGGAAAAGCAGAAAGCCAAAACGGACAGUCAAGUUGAAACAGAAAUAACCGAAGAUAGUGAAGAAAAAGACGAGAAAAACCCUGUGUAAUAAACGUUUUUUAAAACAA